ACGCGUUUAAAUUCCGCCACGGAAAUGUUGCUAACUUAUUUCUUUCAACGAGAACGCAGUAGUUUGUCAACUCUCAGAGAUUCGACAUGGGUUCAUUUUCCCUUUUCUACAUCAUUUCAGUUACCGCUUUGUUGUUUCAGCACUCAAUAGCACAAUAUGACAAUGUUUAUCAACAAAGAUAUUAUAUGUACAGAAUACCAAGCAAUACUUAUUCACCAAGAACUACUCUUAGAAGAGCUUAUUUCCCGGUAACUGUUGAUGAAGACCCCUUGAAGCUGGCUUCUACAUCGUCUGAUGGACGCUAUGUUCCAAGUGCAGAUGCUAAAAAAGUUAGCUUGGACGUCUAUUACGAAACUGACUGUCCAGACAGCAUGAGGUUUAUCACCCAUCAAUUGUACCCGAUGUUCCAGGAAAUGGAAGAUAUCGUUGAUAUUAAGUUGGUGCCUUAUGGUAAAGCCAGUGAAAAUUUCAACGAAGUAACUCGAAAAUACGAUUUUAGAUGUCAUCAUGGUCCGUCGGAAUGCUACGGAAACACGAUACAAAGCUGUGUUAUUUCCAUGUAUCCAGAAACUAAAGAUCAUCUGGGCUUCAUAAAUUGUAUGGAAUCGUAUCCAAGACCUUCCCACAAUGGACAUAAGUGUGCUCGUCGUCACAGCAUGGACUGGCGAAGAAUUGAGAAAUGUGCAACUAGUGAUGAAGGAAGUAGAUUACUGCACGAAAAUGCUCAAUUGACUGAAAAUCUCAGCCCAUCUCUCUACUUUGUGCCAUGGAUUGUCGUUGACAAAGUGUUCACUUCUACCACACAUCGUUCAGCACUUCGAGAUUUGAAAACUGUAGUAUGCAAUGCUUACCGGGGCUCCCAUCCCAAGUGCAGUAAUAAGUACUGAAUGAAACGAAGGAGCCAGAUUUCUGCUGAAUAUAUCAUUGAGCAUUAUGUACAAAAGAACAUUGAGUGUUCUCAUUAAAAUGUUCAUUUCUGAAGAGUUUAAGGAAAUUUUUGUAAGACGAAGUGAAUAAAGAAAACUAUUGUA